AUGCAUCAGUCUGUGCUCGAAUGUGAUGCCCGAACUCACGUGUUGAUUGGCGGCGAUUUUAAUGCCUGGUCCCAGGAGUGGGGAUCCGCACGCAACGACCAGCGAGGAGAACGUCUCUCAGACCUCGCGGCCGGUCUGAACCUCCAUACUGAAAACAUCGGCUCCAAAUCAACAUACCGGAGGAUCAACGCCGAGUCUGUAAUCGACGUGACAUUCUCACUCCUCGUCGCACCAGCCACCAUACGCGGAUGGAGAGUCCUGGAAGAAGUUGAGUCAGCCAGCGACCACCGCUACAUCGAAUUUACUCACGAUCCUACACCUGACGUGGAUGACACUGGUGGCAAUCACGCAAGAGGCUGGUCAUUCCAUCAGCUGGACGCCCAAGCACUGGCCGCACACCUCAGCAAUACGGUUAGGCUGAACCCUACGUCGACGAAGACACCACGGCGUCACAGGCAGCUGAGCAACUCACCGCCUAUCUGGAGGCAGCCUGCGACUCCUGUAUGCCUCCAAGGGCUUCGCGGAGACCAGGAAGGAAGCAAGCUACGCAGGGCUCUUCAACGGUCUGCUCGGAGGCACGAUCCUUGUGACGUCACGGACGCCCAUCGCGAGGCACACAAGGGUAUACGUAAAGACCUACGCAACGCCGUUCGUGAAGCUCAGGCAAAGAGCUGGUCUGAGCUAUGCAAGGCCGUCGACAACGACCCAUGGGGUCUACCGUACAGGGUCGUGACCAAGAGGAUCGGCCUUCAGCGGCCAGGUGUCGAAGCUCGCGGAAGGGAGGACUCCAUAGCCGACCACCUGUUCCCGAACCUCCGGCAACCGACUGGUCACUGGAACCCCGACUCACGGAAGCACACGCCCAACCUCAAGCCGACCAGUUCACUCCGGAAGAGCUACGGGAAGCGUGCCUUAGGCUUCCCCCUGGGAAAGCUACCGGACCAGACGGGAUUCCAAAUGAAGUCCUUCUCCGAGUUUCCAAAAUCGCACCGCAGGCGCUGCUUAAUACCUUCAACUGCGGCCUCCGGAGGAACGAGUUUCCAGCACUAUGGAAAACCUCGAGGCUCGUAUUACUUCACAAGGGCCCGGGCAAGCAGAUAG